AUGGAGAGGCUAGACAUGAACGCCUCCAGGGAGCAAGGUGCCUGCCACUUCUCAGAGAGGUACAAGCAAGUCUACCUAUCGCUCACCUAUAGCCUCAUCUUCCUCCUGGGGCUGCCCCUCAAUGGGGCUGUCUUAUGGCUCUCCUGGUGCCAAACCAAGCCCUGGAGCUGUGCCACCAUCUACCUGGUGAACCUGAUGGUGGCCGACCUGCUUUACGUGUUGAGCUUGCCCUUCCUCAUCAUCACCUACUCUCUGGGCGACACCUGGUUCUUUGGGGAGACGCUGUGCAGGCUGGUGCGCUUCCUGUUCUACACCAACCUCUACAGCAGCACCCUGCUGCUCACCUGCAUCUCUCUGCACCGCUUCCUGGGCGUGUGCCACCCCCUGAGCUCACUGUCCUACCGAACUCACAGGCACGCCUGGCGCGCGGCUGCUGCUACCUGGAUCCUGGUCAUCCUCCAACUGCUGCCCACCCUGGUCUUCUCCCACACCGACUAUGUAAACGGCCAGGUGAUCUGCUACGACACAGCCAGCCCGGAGGAUUUUGAUCAUUUCUUUGCCUACAGCAUGGUCCUGAUGAUGUCUGGUUUUGUUGCCCUCCUUGAUCAUUCUGGUGUGCUAUUCUCUGAUCGUCAGGAGCCUGACAAAUCCAGUGGGGGCCCUCCCAAAGGCAGGCCACACGGCCCGUGCCAAGUCUAUUCGGACCAUCCUGCUGGUGUGUGGCCUCUUCACCCUCUGUUUCGUGCCCUUCCACAUUGCCCGAUAUUUCUACCUGGUGAUCCGCUUCUUGAAGUCACAGGACUGCCAACUCUUGUCAGCAGCCAGCAUGGCCUACAAGAUCUGUAGACCUCUGGUAAGCGUGAGCAGUUGCCUCAACCCUGUCCUGUACUCCUGUCAUGGGGCAACAACAGAGCCCAGCUCCUCCAGAGGCUGAGGCAGAACUGGGUGGGUGAGCACCCUGCUGGUAUAGAAGGAGCAGCACCUAGAGCUGGGCAGAUCCAGCCACUACCAGGAUGAA